GGGUUGCUCGAAGCAGCAAUAUGCUCAUUGCAGGUAGAGCCAUCGCGGGCCUGGGAGCUGCAGGUGUGGGCACCGGAUGCUAUACUAUUGUGGCAUUCGCAGCACCUCCUCGCAUGAGGCCUUUAUUUACCGGGAUUCUUGGUGCAACUUGGGGUGCUGGAGCUGUUGUUGGCCCUUUACUUGGCGGUGCUUUCACUCUCCACGUUUCUUGGCGUUGGUGUUUCUACAUCAACCUACCCAUCGGAGGCUUGUCGGUCCUCGUCAUUGCUUUCCUUUUCAAGACACCAUCGACGUUCAAACCUCUCGAAGCUACCAUAACGGAGAAAGUCAGGCAGUUGGAUGUUGUUGGGACAUUCUUGAUCAUGACAUCAACAGUGUGCUUUCUCCUCGCAAUGGAAUGGGGAGGUGUCACAAAGGCAUGGGGUUCUGCUAGCAUGAUCGUGGUACUGGUUCUCUUUGUAGUAUUGAUUCUCGCGUUCGUUUUGAAUGAAUGGUGGAUGGGUGAUCAAGCGCAGCUGAACUUCAACAUACUGAAAGACAGAACUGUUCUGGUAGCUUAUGUUUUUGCUCUCUUCUUCGCCGGCAGUUUCUUUGUUACUCUCUACUAUCUUCCGAUUUAUUUCCAAGCUAUUGGUGGGGUCUCGGCAGAAGCAUCAGGAGUUCGAAAUCUCCCUUUGAUUAUCGCUCUCGCAAUUGGUUCCAUCGCUUCUGGCGGAAUCAUCUCAGCAUUUGGCCACUAUGUUCCUAUCUUGGUUGGAGGAGGCAUGAUUACCACAAUUGGCAUAGGCUUGCUCUACACGCUUGAGAUCGGGUCGAAAUCUUCCCAUUGGAUUGGCUACCAAGUCCUGACAGGAUUCGGAGUCGGAUUUGCAUUUCAGAUUCCUCAGAUCGUUGCACAAUCUGUCUGUGAGCUUUCUGAAGUCUCGGAGUACACAGCAACUAGUCUCUUCUUUCAAAUGAUGGGCGGAACGUACUUCAUCUCCGCAGCACAAUCGAUAUUUGCGAACAAGCUCCGUCAACAUCUUUCAGUCAACGUCCCCAAUCUUGAUCCUACUGUCGUCAUCGGUCUUGGAGCGACACAGUUCCGCAGCACACUGCCUGCAACAGAUGUCCCGGGAGUUGUUCUGUCAUACAUGCAAAGCAUAUAUUUCGUGUUCGCAUUAGGAAUCGCUUUAGCCGGAGUAGCUACCUGCAUCAGCUUCAGUGUAAAAUGGAAGAAGAUCCACGUCAGAGUCUAA